CGCCUGGAAAAAUCCCACCUGGCGUAGGGUGCCACCACCACGCACUACCUACGAGGAUGCCGCGGCGAGCGCCCUUGAGUAUCCCUCCGGUGCCCUCGAAGAACUCGCGUGCGAGCCCACCUCCUCCCAUCUAGCCGCAAAAAGCCACGGAUGGCGCAGACCCGUGGGGGUAUACCUCUGCUAAGGCAGCCGGAUAAUGCACCGAAAAUCCAGCUCGUGGAGGCGUUUGCGCCCACAUGAACCCAUCCAUCACCUCAAAAUCCUCGGCCCCUCAAGUUCUGAAUGGCGAUUUUCCCGCGCCAUGUGUUCCCCAGGGGGGCGGGGCCUCUUGGAAUUCCCUUUCGGGCUCGAUUUGCUCCUGGAGACCGAGCUAGAUUUCGUAUUGCGACUGUCUUAUGAUGCCCUUGCUCUCGGCAGAUCGAUGGGACUGAAAGCUCUAGCCCUCUUGAAAGUUUGAUAUGGUGAAAACACACCUUCCUCUUGGAGACCACGCGGUGAGACAAUAAAUAGCCAGCAGCAUCCCCUCUGUCGUUUGUGUUUGAACUUUUCAGCCUUCCUUUUGCCCCUCUCUCCCCUCUCCCUCCGGAUUUAGAGUAUUGCCCUGGACUUGUGGGCAUACGAGGGCCUCGACUGACCAAUCUAACAUCGCGUGUCAUUCGUGGGACAUUCCUUCAAGCUAUUUGCCACGUCUCGCGUACUUUGACUCGAAAGAUUAGCCAAGAUGGGAUCUAUCGGUUACAAGGUGACGGACAACCUAUAUGCUCAUCCGUUGAUAUCAGAAAGAGCAAUCGACGAGCCGAGGCCACUCAAAGUCAUCUACAUCGGUGCCGGCGUCUCUGGGAUUUGUGCUGCGAUCCAGUUCCCUCGGUUCUUGCCGAACGUAGAGCUUGCAAUCUAUGAGAAGAAUCCAGAUGUGGGAGGUACCUGGUUUGAGAAUCGGUACCCCGGGUGCGCCUGUGAUAUCCCUGCUCAUUCAUACCAACUGAGCUUCGAGUCAGAGGUCCACUGGAGCAAAUUCUAUGCCGGGGCACCGGAAAUUCUUCAAUACUGGAAACGAGUGGCCGACAAGUAUGACGUGAAGAAAUAUAUGAAAUUCAGCCACAAAUGUAUAGAAGCUCGGUGGAACGAGGAAACCUCGAAAUGGCACGUCAAGUUCCAAAAAUCCGACACCGACGAGGUCGUGGAGGACAUUGGCGAUGUCUUCAUGACCGGCACUGGUGUGCUCAACGAAUGGAAGUGGCCAGACAUCAAAGGUCUGCAUGAUUUCAAGGGGAAACUGCUGCAUAGCGCCAACUGGGAUUCUGAUUAUGACAUAUCAGGCAAAGAAAUCGCGGUCAUUGGCGCCGGCAGCAGCGGCAUCCAGAUCGUUGCCAACCUGCAACCCAAAGUCAAAUCAAUGGACCACUAUGUGCGUGGACGGACGUGGAUCGCAGCAUCGUUUGGUAACGAGCUUGUUCGAGAGCGGAACGAUGGCCAGGACGGGAACUUUGACUAUACACAGGAGGAAAUGGAGGCGUGGAAAAAGGAUCCUGAAUCUUACGUCAAAUAUCGCAAGGCUCUCGAGAUCGGCAUGCAAGGCUGCUUUGCCCUAACGCACCGAGGGACGAAAGAGCACGAAGGUGCGUGGUCAGCAUUCAACCAGGAUAUGAGGAACCGAUUGGACAAGAAACCAGAGAUCGCCGAACAUCUCAUCCCCGAAUUUCCACCUCUCUGCAAGCGGUUGACUCCUGGUCCUGGGUAUCUUGAAGCCUUGGUCGCCGACAAUGUCAACGUGAUCCCAACGAGGAUCUCACAUAUUGAUGAGACCGGGAUUGUGACAACUGAUGGCAAACAUCGACCCGUCGAAGCGAUUGUCUGUGCUACAGGAUUCGACACGUCCUUCCAGGGCCGAUUCCCCGUCUACGGACGUGGCGGAGUCAAUCUUCAAGAUCGCUACCGAGAACGACCAGAGACGUACCUCAGUCUGUGCACCGACCAGUUCCCCAACUUCUUCCAGUCACUUGGCCCGAAUGCUGGAGUUGGCAAUGGCAAUCUUCUGAUCAUUAUCGAAGCAGUCGCAAACUAUGUCGGGCAGAUUCUCCAGAGACUUGGACAAGGGAACACCAAGACCAUCGAGCCCAAGAGGAAAGCUGUGGAGAACUUCACGAAUUACUGUGACGCCUUCUUCAAGCGCACGGUCUUCUCAGCGGAAUGCGGAAGUUGGUACAAGUCCUCACCACCCAACGCGACACCCGAAGAGCGAAAGCGAGGCCGGGUGACGGCGUUAUGGCCCGGGAGCAGUAUACAUGCCGUCAAGGCCCUUGAGAAGGUGCGGUUUGACGACUUUGAAAUGACCCCGGCCGAUGGCAAUGAGUUUGGAUGGUUCGGCGACGGAUGGGCGUCGGCGGAGAGAACGGGCGAUGUGGAGGGUUUGACAUGGUACCUGAACAACACCCGCUUCACGCACGAACCACUGGAGAAGGGCGAGAAGUUGAUUGUGACCGAGGAUAAGAUCGUGACCAACGGGGAUGCAGACGGUGCCAAGAAGGGCGAGAUUGCAAAGGAGUUUCGAGUGCCUGACGGGAUUGUUGCGACAUGAAGGCAAAUUAGUACGUCGAGUUCUAUAUAGCUAUACCUCGCACCUGUCCACACGGCAUCCCACGUCCAUUGACAUGACUUGUGCUUUGUAGACUAAAAUACGAGGCUAUACCUCAGAAGGCGAAUGUAGCCAGUCCGGGGCCUCGAUGUAUCAGGGCAUCUCCGCUUCCAUGCCCAAUGGAUUGAAUGCCUUGCUCAUGACUCAAUUGCUGGAGAAGAUACGGGGAUCUAUCUCUAUCGCC